ACAAACCUACACCGGCUCAGAAAGACGUUCUCUCUCUUGCAGCUCACUCACACACUCACACACUCACACCACCCACUGGCUGUGGAUUCUCCAUCUUAUUCCAUCUGCAGGGCCGUUUUGCUGGAGAGCCGGCCAAACCCGCCUCAGGGAGCAGGAGAGUGGAGAACAACAUGUGACCGGUCCGUGUGCCUCUGUCGACAGCAUGCUCGGCCUCCACCGGACCUUGGUGCUCUGCUCCUGGUGUUUUUUGCUACUACGCGGACGGACUGCGGCCGACGAAGAGGCCCUCUGGGGACCAACACCAACGAGGGAAAAGCCACCUGAAAUCAAACCAGGCUGGUUUUGGACCCCGUCACUGCCGAAGCUCCCUUCCUUUCCCUCACUGCCCUUCCGCAUCCCCUUCUACCCGAGCUCGGACGGCGAGAACGAGGACGCGGCGUUGACCACAAUCGCAGAGGGGCUGACAGAAACAUUUGAUCACUCGCAAGACUUGGGUUCAGGGGGAGGGAGCGAUUCUGAGGCAUCUGAAACACCCACCACUUCGACCCAGGGGCUCCCGGUCAGCGUGACAGAGAUAAGAACCCAAUCCCUUCCCACGGGGACAUCAGAUUCUCCACACGGCAGCACAGCGCGGACCGACAAUGACACUCUUGUCUCAGACUCCCACUCUCCCACAGGCAGCUCUAUCAGAAGGCCUCUGCUCACCAACAGUCCCGCCAGCAGCACAAACGCUCCUGAACAAAACGCAACACAUGGCCACCCCCCGCAGGGCAUCACGCAGGCAGCCGGACCCAGCAUGGGUGCCACUGCGCAACACCUCCCGGAGGAACACACCGAUGAGGAGGUGGCUGAAGAGCUUGCAGGGAAGACCUCCUCGACGAUAGCGCCCGAAACUACAGUCCCCACUGCCCUGACAUGGGCGGCAGCCCAACCCUCCACAACAAACCCAGGACUGGUCGCGACCACGCGGACCAGCAGACACACUCCGAGGCCUGUCACGCCCCCCACGUCCUCAGAGACAGCAUUUGUCAGAAAACCACACGACUCGACCGUUAGUUUUACCCUCCGCGCUGUGGAGGCCGCAACGGCAGAAACCCACCCCGCUCCGAGGGCGGCUGACCGGAGCUUCUCCGAGGCCGGGUCGGGGCCCGUGGAGGAACAGCCGGGGGCAGCCACCACCGCCACGGGGAUCGACCACAAACUAGUGCUGGAAUCCAUAACAAGCACAACCCAGAGCCAAAGGGUUAACUUCCCAAUAGCAAGAGAGCUGCCGGGCCAAGAGGAUAAGGAGGAUGAGGAGGCUGAGGAAGGCGUGGUGUCUUCUGCUGCGGAUGGGGAUGUGGACGACGGGAGGCUGGCAGACAUUUCCACGCCAUCCGCAAAGCUGCUGACAACAUCCCCGCCUCGGAGCACCGGCAUUCCCACGGAAACGCCGCGUAUUCCCCUCGACACUGAAGACUGGCUGUCCGACACGGUGGACAGCGGCGUCACCUUCCUUCCCGACUGCAACCAAGAGCGCUCCGGGAUCUGCAACCUCUCAGACACCUGGGUCUCCACCGCCGCCUCGGACGCCGGGCCCACACAAAACACCACUGCCGCCAACCAAUCGAUCGACCCUCUCCUAGUCCCGGCGCCGCCCAUGCUGGUGCCCCUGUACACUGACUGGAACAGUGCCAUGGCGGCCUGGGGCCUGGCCUGGGAGGCACAUGUCUACGGCGCCGGUUGUGUCUUUGCGAUGCUCACACUAGCCUCGGCGCUCAACCUGCUCUGCCUGCCGCUGCGGUGCCCGUCUGGAUGUGGCUACUUCGCCCUGGUCAGCCUGUUCCUCCUGGCCGCUGGCUGCACCCGGUCCUUCUCCCUCCUGUACGACGCCUACGGCCACCAGGAUCGCUUACCCUUCACAGAGGCCUCGCUGAUGCUCUACGAGGCGCCGUUUCCGUGCCUGACUGCGGCUUUCGGCCUGGUUUUCCUCCUCCUCUCCAUGCGCUCAAGAAUGCAGCUCUCCUACUCAGCCUUCCAGAGACCCUGUGUCCUGGCCUGCCUGGUUGUCCUGCACUUUGCAGCUGCAUUCGGUCCAGUGGCGUUACUGAAGUUCUACCAGCAGAAGCCUCCCCUUUGCCUCUUUCUUUCGCUCAUCUCCCGUGGAGCCUUUGUCGUGCUGGCCACAUUUCUGUCCACGGCCUAUUUUGUGUUCUACAUCUACGUGCGGGCCGACUCGAAGCACAUCUACCACCUGAACAACACUUCUCCCACACCCGCAGAACGCUACAACCGCUGCCCCUUCGCCGAGAGUCGGGAUUGGAACCGUGCGGCUGUAACUGUCUGUCUUGCAGCACUGUUUUCCUUGGCGUGUGCAGGACUGCAGUUGUAUGCCAUGCUCAAUGCAAUGGGCGUUGCAGGUGGAGAGGAGGUGUUCCACCCCUGGCCCUGGUGGGCUUUUCAGUUUAGCUGCAGACUGUGUGAGCUUGGGGUCUGUCUCACCUUAGCCUUGGUGGUCGCACAGCCAGUCUACUGUUCGGACCACCUUCCAGCUGCAGGAAGUUGCUGGACUGAACUGUUGGCGUCCAAAUCGUCCAUUCUGCCUGGGAGCUACCAGUGGACCCUGAGCCAGCAGGAGAAACUCGCCAUUGUUGAUACAGUUGGGCUGGGCGAGACGGAGAGCCUUCCCCUUUACACUCUGAUGGAUGAAAGGCUCGGUAGCAGCCUUAACGGCCUGGACCUCCUCUACCACAGCAACCGGGCCCUGGCAUACAGAGACCUGGACAUGGACUUACAAGGGUCAGAAAAACCUGAUGACGGAGGAGGUAGAGCGCCAUCAGGCGGAUCCUCAUUCACCAGUGACUCCACCGCAGAUCUGCGGCCACCUUCGCCCAUUAACCUGCGUCGCAGCAUAGAUGAGGCGCUCUUCAGUGAGGCCCUCUUUCCCAUGAGUCUCUUUAGUCCCACUAGGCCCAUUCGCCUGAGUGACCUAUCUAUAAACAACCACAGUGUACAUCCGAGCAACAGCCUCCAUGAUCCUCUCUCAGCUGACCCCGGCCUUUAUCGGACUUCUUCCUGCGUGGAGAUGGCCAGUCAACCUCAGCCCCCCACCACCAAAUCUCAAGGAGAAACCGUCGUUGGCGCUCCACUAUCUCCCUCCCUGUCGCCCUCCUCCUCCAGCUGUUCAUCUCCCGAACGCUGGAGGGGCAGUUCUUCCUCGUGUUCCUUCUACAGAACCUCUCUCGGGGGCUCCUCACUGGUCCUCUGCCCGACCCCAGAGAGACAUGCUCAGCAAUCACGCCAUCAAGGGGACACGGGCCACGUGGCGUCCUCUGGCCACCAGGCCCAUGCUGACCCACAGAGGCACUAUCAUACACUGGGGGCAGCUUCACAGGAGAGCCUGGACCUGUCGUCUGAGGCGGACCGAUCGGUGCAAGAGGAGUUCAUCAGUGUUUGCAGACAAAUCGAUGCUUUGAGCAUCUGCAGUGAGACUAUUGAUCUAUAAAAGGACAGUCUAGUCAAACAAGGGUUACAUUGAGGACUUACUGAGAAGGGCCAGCAAGUUGAUGGUCAUGUUUUUUUUUUUUAUAGCCUACUUGGUAGUGCAUGGUAGCUAUUGCAUUCCACAUAAAAGACCCAUUGCUGCCAAAUUAGUUUUGGUGGUUGAUAAGCUUUCUGAUGUGGUCAUUAGAGAAUGUCUAUGAGGGUCCAAGUGCCAAGAAAGUCAAAAGCCAAAAUGUAAUUUGUAACUUUUUACAUGUUUGAUAAAGGAUGGUGACGUUUGAUACAGAACAAAUAACAUUUACCGAGUGACGAUAGCAGGCUUUUGUUUGUACAAUGUUUAUAUUGCUUUCCGACAUUCCAAUAGAUCGUACUGUGACCGAAUUAAGCACUUAAUAAAAUACUACUGAAGCUAAAACACUAUUAAAAUCAGCAGAAUAUAACUGCCGUUCAAUUCCAUGUUGAAAUUGGAAUUGGAAUAUAAUUUGCCAAAUCAUAAACUCUUCAUACCAAUUUCCAACCAUCCAUUAUCUAUACUGCUUGGAGCCAAGACUACUAAUAUGCUGUACAUCAAACUUGGGAGUUGUGGUACAGCAGCGCCAUCUACUGGCAAAACCCACCGUGUUACCUCUGCUCCACAUUUAUCACCAAAGGACUGUGCUUUCACAUAUACCGACAGAAUCCAUGACUUACUAAUUUAUUUAUGUUCAAAAUAUAACUCCUCAACACAUUGUUUAAUAAAGUUUUUUUUUUUUUU